UCUUAUCCUCUGUGAUAAAACACAAAAUUAGGAGCUUCCGACGAUGGCUACUGCAACCGCCUUACUCUCCUCUUCAAAACCCAUCAUACCCGGACGCACCCUUUGCUCUUCUCUUUCCUCUCCUUGUGUCCGUACACAUUCCACUCUUCUCACCCAAUCCUCUAAGCCCCCCGUAAUUCAUGAUCCCAAACCUCUUCUGGCUCUGGUCGGCGCAGGGCUGGCCUUCGCCUUGACGGAGCCCGCUUCGGCUACCGUUCUACCAUUGUUGGGUUCGCUGCAACUCAGCGAACCAGCCAACGCCUUGUCUCUGCCCACCUGGGCCAUUCACGUAUCUAGCGUCGUUGAAUGGAUUACGGCUAUGGCAUUGGUUUGGCAAUAUGGUGAGAAAUCUGGGUUUGAAUCAUGGAAGGGUCUCUCCUGGGGAAUGGUACCUCUGCUUGGUGGAGCAUUUUGUGCAUGCACAUGGCACUUCUUUUAUAAUUCUGAAUCUCUUGAGGUAUUGGUUGCUCUGCAAGCAGCAUUAACAGUAAUUGGCAAUACCACAAUGUGUAUUGCUGCAUUCCGCAUAAACAAAUCCUCUGAGGAAAGCUCACGUUCACAGAAAUCCUAAAGUUUACUGAUAUCUUCAAUUUUCCAGCCAGCGUUCCUGCAUGAACUGAGUAUCCUUGUCUUAUUUCCAAUCGGACAGGUAAAUAGCAACUCUCUUUCGACUGGCAAGUUGCAGUGGAAACCCUGAGCAAAGAAUUACCAGUUGAGAACAUUUAAUACUGGUGUCAGUUUGCCUCUUGCAGGAAUUAGACGUGAUGAAAGGUUCUUAACUUGUGACAAAAUUGAAUAUCUCAUGAAGAAAACUAGCCAAUUAGUUAGGAUAUUAUGUACAAUAUGAAGAAUGAAUCUGUCUCCUGUAUCAUUACUUUUACAGUGUAUGAUAUGAAAGAUUCUCAUUGUCGGAUGCCACUGAUUCUUCCUUGGAUUCAAUGAGAAAAUGAGUUUCUCAGCA